UGAGUAAAGAAAAACUCUAUUUUGGGGUUAUUUUUUUUCCUGGAAACUACAUUAGUAACAGGAAAUGAACUGUUCUGGUUUAGAAGCUGGAGAAAUCGAAAGCUAUGAACACUGCUGGGUGGAGAGCAAUUACAUUACAACCCUCCCUAGGGAGACAGCAAGGGGCAAGACAGCUAGCACUGCUGAAGUUAGGAACUUACUCUAAACAGCUCCCUUGUCUUCACUGUUAUUCUGUAAAUACUACAUAUUCUCAGCAUUUAAUGAGAUUUCAACACCCUGCUGUGUACUUUUGAGAGAUUUAUCUUCCUACACGACAUAGACAAGCCCUAUUUCCUGCCCUGCUGAGGAUCUACAAUCGGGACAUUACUGAGACAUUUCCAGAAGACCAACUAGGAUCUGGACACUGCUGAAGAAAUUUCCAAGAAGGAUUGUCCAUAAUUUUAGAGAUAAUGAGUGAAUACAAGACAAUUGUUCUUCAACAAGGAUUAGAGGAUGUGGCUGUGGAUGACUACCAGUUUAGGAAAAUCAAGUCCUUACUAAGACAAGAACUAAAGCUAACAAAAAAGAUGCAAGAUGACUAUGACAAAAUUCAGUUGGCUGACCUGAUGGAGGACACAUUUCCAAAAGAUGCUGGACUGAACAAGCUGAUAGAAGUGUGUCAAAGAAUUAAAGAACUUGAAGGCCUUGCUAAAAGGCUUAAAACAGAGAGAGCAAAAGUAAAAGGAAAAUCCCCACUGAGAAAAAGGAAGCAAGAAGCAGGCUCUGAUACACCCACAUCAACUACCAGCAACACUGUAGCAUCUGAUGAAGGGGAGACUUCCACAGCUCAGAAAAGAAAAAGUAUUAAUAAAGAAAAGACUGGAGUGAAGAGGACCAAGCGGUCUGAAGGACCAGAUCACCCUCCCUGUCCUAAAGAAGCCACCACCAGCUGCCAGCCCCCAGUGCUCCAGGUCUCUUCUUCAGCUUCAUCCAACACGCCUUCAGCUAAGAACCAAAAGACACAGAUCCAAACUCAGAGCAUUGCCAGAGGUGCUAUUCUCCAAAAGGAUGCCAUGACAGUGAUGGUGCUCAAUGCAAUAGACCCGUUUGUAUAUGAGUUACCAGAACAAGGAGGAAAGAAGAUGUUUCAUGCUACAGUGGCCACUGUGAAUGAGUAUUUCCAUGUGAAAGUUUUCAACAUCAACCUGAAAGAGAAGUUCACAAAAAGGAAUAUCAUUGUCAUCUCCAAUUACAUCAAGUUCAAAGGAAUCCUGGUGAUAAAUGAAGCUUCAAUUGUGUGUGAUGCUGGUCCUGACCAGAAGAUUGAAGUCUCCAACCGUCUUAUCAAACGAGCAAAUGAAACUCCCAAGAUCGGUCAUAUUAAAAACGGUGUCGCUGGAACGCUGUUUUAUGGGUUGUUUACAUUACACAAGGUAAUGCCUGACAACUUGUCUUUUAAUUUUUCUCCACCAACACCUGGAAUCAAAUAUGAUAACUUUCCAGUCACAGCUUAAUGGCAAUACUGUAAAACAGAACUCUCCCUUGGCUAGGGAUAGAAGGAAAAAUCAUUCCACCACGUAUUAGAGAAUAAGAGUGGGUGACCCUUUAACAGCCUGCUUCUUAAGAUAUCUCUGAAACAGCUCUCUGAAAAAGACUUACCAACAAACUUUAUUUUACUACUUACAAGUCCUACUCUCAGCCACAGUGAGAAGGAAUGGUUCAGGACACAGGUCAGGGGCAUGCCGACAGUCUCAAUUUUUAAAGCAAUACCACAACUAUACAAUACUUAUUAUUUUGUUUCUAUACACUAUUUCUAUAGCUUCCCUGAACAAGGUUGAAUAUUUAUUGUGAUAUGCAUUUGGAGUAAUAAAUAGAUUGGUCGGCAUCCUCACAAAUC